UCCAUUGCCCUUUCUAAAACCAAAAAGCCCGGCCAGGAGCCGAGAAAAUCAAAAACCAUCACCGCCCAAGAACACAAAGCAAAGAACCAACGUUUCAUCAGAGACUACCAAUCCCUGGGAACAGCGCCCCUAGCUGCUUUUCCUUUCCGGGUUGGUGUCUUUGUAUUAUUAUUAUUAUUAUUAUUAUUAUUAUUAUUAUUGCUUCAAAGUUCAAACCACGGCUAGAUAAUGGGUAAUAAUGAUGUUUCCCCCUUCUUCUUCUUCUCCGCCGUGGUGUUGGUGGUGAUUCUACGCUGCCCCUCGCCGUGUGCGGCGGCCGGGGAGACAGAGGCGCUGUUGCGGCUGAAAGAAUCCCUGGAGAACACUAGGGCACUGGAGGCUACCUGGAAGAGCGGCACCAAUCCGUGCGAAAAGCCCAAGAGAUGGUUUGGGAUUCAAUGCCGUAAGAAGGUUGUGUCCGGGCUCCUCCUUCACGGCCUCGGCCUCGGCGGCGUCAUCAACGUGGAGGCCCUGGCCGGCGUUAAGGGGCUAAGGGUGAUUGCCGUGGGAAAAAACAACUUCUCCGGCCCAAUCCCGGAGUUCAACAAGCUCGGAGCUUUGCGGUCUAUUUUCAUCCAAGGCAAUAAAUUUUCCGGGGAGAUUUCUGCGGAUUACUUCCUGGAACUCACGUCUCUGAAGAAAGUUUGGCUGGCAAACAACAAGUUUAAAGGCAGGAUUCCGGGGUCGCUUGAGAAGCUGCCACAUUUGAUUGAACUUCACCUUGAAGGGAAUGAAUUCUCCGGCCAAAUCCCCACCCUGGAUCAGAAAAACCUGGCUGACCUCAACGUGGCUAAUAAUAAACUCCAGGGAGAAGUCCCGGCGGAAAUGAAAAAAUUUGGCCCCAAGACAUUUGCAGGGAAUCCUGGUCUUUGUGGGAAAGCGGUGGGCAAAGAAUGCCCUCACCCCGCAUCAUCUGAUCACAAGAACAACUCCAGCAUGAAAUGGAUAAUCAUAGCAGUAGCGAUAGCCCUCCUGAUAAUCAUCAUCUUGAUCAAGAGGCGGCGCAAAGACGACAAUUUUGCUAGGGUGAAGAAGGAGAAUCUGGACGAGGUUGUCCCGGUGCACAAGGUCGGCAGCAGCAAGAGGAGCAAUAGCGGCGGCAGUGUCAGCAGGCGGGGGCCAGGGUCGGGGUCGGGGUCGGGGUCGGGGCGAAAGGAAUCCCAAUCCCAUCACUCCAGGCGAGGCUCCGGCGGCGUUACGAGGGCAAUGGGGGAUCUGGUGGUGGUGAACAGCGAGAAGGGGCAAUUCGGGCUGCCGGAUUUGAUGAAGGCCGCCGCUGAAGUUCUUGGCAGUGGUGGAUUGGGAUCAGCUUACAAGGCUGUGAUGGGGAAUGGGGUUUCUGUUGUGGUUAAGAGGCUCAAAGAAAUCAACACUAAGAUCACCAAAGAUAACUUUGAUGCAGAGAUUAAAAAGCUUGGGAAGAUAAAACACCCAAACAUCUUGACACCAUUGGCAUACCAUUACAGGAAAGAGGAGAAGCUGGUCAUCUCCGAGUACAUGCCCAAAGGCAGCUUGCUCUAUCUGCUCCACGGUGAUCGAGGGAUAUCCCAUGCGGAGUUUAACUGGCCAAAGCGGCUAAAAGUGGUGAAGGGGGUAGCCAAUGGGAUGGGAUUCUUACACAAAGAAUUUGCAACAUUUGAAGUGCCACAUGGGAACCUCAAGUCCAGCAACAUUCUUUUCUCAGCAAACAACGAGGCAGUCCUCACGGACUACGCAUACCAUCCGCUGCUCAACAACACACCAACCGCGCAACAAUUGUUCGCUUACAAGGCGCCCGAGGGUAUCCAGCACCAGCAAGUCUCCCCAAAGAGCGAUGUGUACUGCCUCGGGGUCAUCAUCCUCGAGAUCAUCACGGGGAAGUUCCCUUCCCAGUACGUCAACAACCAAAACGGAGGGACCGAUGUGGUGCAGUGGGUGAGACAGGCCAUUGCAGACAAGAGAGAAAGUGAAGUGAUUGAUCCAGAGAUAGCUGUAGCCAAAAACUCACUACCACAGAUGGAGAAGCUUGUGCAUAUUGGAGGUGCCUGCACAGAGAAUGAUCUGAUUAACCGGAUUGACAUGAAAGAAGCCAUUAAAAGAAUACAAGAAGUCCAAGAGUAAAGAGGCUCAGACUCCAUUGUUAUAUGUAAAUUAUGUUAGAUCAGCAGGUUUAGUAUAUAUGAUGCACAAACAUAAGAAGUUGUCAACUCUCACCCAUCAUUCAUAGGUAUAAGGACCAAUGUCAGAUUUUUUUUUUUUUUCUUUUUUUCUUUGUUUUUCUCUACACUGUAUUCAAUCCAAUCUUCCAA